AUGACAAUCCCAGAAGCUCCCCCUGUUUUCGACAAAAUAUACAUAUGCUUAGAUGCCUGUAAGCGAGGGUUCAAAGAAGGGUGUAGGUCUUUGCUGCACCUGGAUGGAUGCUUUCUCAAGACAUACUACAUGGGGUGGCUUCUAGCAGCAGUUCCCCAAGACACAAACAACCAAUUUUAUGUUGUUGCAUAUGGGGUUGUGAGGGCUGAGACGAAGGAUGCCUGGAAAUGGUUCUUGACUAACCUUCAGGCAGACAUAGGAGACGAUGCAAAUCAUGGCUGGAACUUCAUUUCAGAUCAACAAAAGGGUUUACUCCCUGCCUUAAAGGAAGUCAUGCCAAAAGCCAGGCACAGGAACUGCGUGAUGCACAUGUGGAAGAACUUCGUUAAUAGGUUCAAAGAUUUAUACAUAAGAGAGGUUGUCUGGGAGUGUGCCAGAUGCACAACAGUUGCAGAGUUCAAAGACUGUAUGGAAAGGCUGAAGGCAGUGAAUCAGGGGCUUGGGAAUACCUCUCCAAGUUUGAGCCAGAGACAUGGGUCAAGGCUUAUUUCUCGCAUGGGCCUAAGGUGUUACCUGAUGAGGAGGAUGGUAAAUCACAAGCGAGUCUUGGAAAAUCACCCUGGUAAACUAGCACCAGUACAACAAAAACGGAUGGAAAGACUACUUACUCUUGGGACAAAGUGGACAGCAGAGUGGGUUGGAGAUAAUGAAAGAAAAAUGUUCGAAGUGAGCCGCAAAGGAAGCAAGGUAGAUGUGGACCUCAUUAAGUACACCUGCUCCUGCAAUCGAUGGCAACUUAUCGGGAUGCCAUGCACACAUGCACUUGCUGCUAUUGUGAAGAGGCGUGACAAGACAGAAGACUAUGUGCACCCCUGGUUGUGUAUGGAAUCAAUCAGGAGGACAUAUUCACACUGCAUCAAACCAGUCCCCAGUGCAGAAUUCUGGCCUCGUACUGAGUACUCACAACCAGAACCCCCCAUCAUCAAGAGACCUAUUGGACGGCCAAAAGUUCACAACAGAUAG